GUGGGGCUUCCGGAAAAAUACGAAGUGUUCCAAGGAGGGGGAGGACCAGCCACCAGGGCUUCCGUAAAGAGCCGAAGAAUUCCGAGAGGCGGCCGUUGAGAGACGGGCAAAAUGGCGGCCGUCCCUCAGACCGGGAGCGAAGGGGCGGAGGCUGUAGCGGGGACUUCGGGAUUGACCGCCCCCAAAAAACAAGAGCAUGAGCGGGAACAGGCACGGGAACAGGAGCUGGAACGGGAACGGGAGCGGAGCAGAGAAUUUCUGCGGACCCUGGAGCUGGUGAAGCAGGGGGCCGAGGCGCGCGUGUACCGUGGCCGCUUUUUGGGCCGCGCGGCGGUGAUCAAGGAGCGCUUCCCGAAGCAUUACCGGCACCCGGUCCUGGACAUGCGGCUGAGCCGGCGGCGUACGGUGCAGGAGGCCCGGGCCCUGAUGCGUUGCCGCCGCGCCGGGAUUUCAGCACCAGUUGUCUUUUUUGUGGACUAUGCUUCCAAUUGCUUAUACCUGGAAGAUAUUGAAGAAUCCUUGACUGUCAGGGACUAUAUUCAAUCAAUUCACAUAACCGAAAACGAUCCUGAAAAACUCUCCCUUUUAGCAAGAAAGAUGGGAAAGGUUCUGGCACAAUUACACGAUGAAGAUGUUAUUCAUGGAGAUCUGACCACCUCAAACAUGCUCUUGAAGCUGCCUGUUGAACAGCUGAGCCUGGUACUUAUAGACUUUGGACUCAGUUUUAUUUCUGCCCUUCCAGAAGAUAAAGGUGUAGACCUCUAUGUCCUAGAAAAGGCCUUUCUCAGUACACAUCCCAACACAGAGAUAAUGUACCAGGAACUUCUAAAAAGUUAUUCAUCAGAAUCCAAAAAGUCAGGCCCUGUGCUAAAAAAGUUAGAUGAGGUACGACUGAGAGGAAGGAAGCGGUCUAUGGUUGGAUAGGAGAAAAUUCUCUGGUAGUACCAUACAAUUUAUUUCCAAAUAAAUUUUCCAGGGAGGCUACCAAAA